GCUGCCGGGAUCAUGGCGUGAAUCCGCGUCGCUCCGCGGUUUCCAUCGCCUCCGUGUUGUUUUAAUGGCGGCGACAGUGAGACAAGUGAACAGCGGAGCCAAAAUAAACGUUCCUGCCCCCGUCACCAAUCAUCUGGCCCAGCGCGCGAUCCGAUUGGAUGGGAGACGCUGCUGCGAGGCGUUCAGGACUCAUCGGAAAUGCUAGCGACUCUGAGGGGAUUUAACUUUUCACGGCGCAAGAAAAUUUUGUUAUUACUCGUUUAAUUUUGAUAUUACAAGAGAUUUCGCUUCAUAUUUUCUUGGUCUAUUAUCUGAAGCGUUAUAAGUUAUUACCUGGUGAAAGAACACGUACUAUUUCGGGGUGUUUGUUUGACACAGUUUAUAAAUAUCCGAGCUUUCCAGAAACACCAAAUUGCCCCGUGGUUGCAGGGUGAAAUGUUGUCACUACAGAUAGGAAAUAAACUUUAUUGAAAUGAGGCAAACAACAAAAUAACGUAAACUAAUUUGUUGGACGUAAAGUGUAUUGCAUUCACUCGAAUGUCGUUUUUAUAAUUGUGGGAUAAUUUUCAUACAACAAAUCUGCUGUUUUUCUGAAUUAAACUGACAAUUCCCCCUCCCCCACAAAAUCUGUUCUGUAUUUCUGAAUAACAUACAUUCAGUUAAAGUCAGUCCUAUUAUUGGAUAAUAGAUGUUUUUUAUGUGAGAUUGUUUUUGAUACAAAUCUUAGUAAAGCAAGGUUUCAUUAAAGAAGAAUAUGAAAGUGGGUGUUUUUUAAACAUGAAACAUUUGAACCAAAAUCUUAUCCCCAUAAAAAUCCAAAAAUAUAUACUUUUAGGAUCUUAUUAUUAAAAUCCACACAGCGAUUACAUCUUUUUAGAACACAUUCAUUCAUAUGGAAUAUUUGGAUUUUAUUUCAAUGUUUGUGUUUUAUUUUUUGUGAGGCACGUUGUAAAAAAAACUUCUGUACACUAUUCAUUAUCAUAACUUUUGUAUACUAUGGCUGGGGGCGUUGCUCGAUAAGUAUGGGACACGCCCCCUGUCAAAACGUCACAUCCAAACAUGGCAGCCUCCUUGAGCCGGUUACACCACAUCUCGCUCCACGUUUCUAACGCGGAGAAAGUAGCCAACGACCUCGUGUCCAAAUUCAAGUUUCGCCUGUUCGCCAGCAGACUGACCCGCGGGUCCAGGCAGCUCGCCUUCAGGAAGGGAGCGGCGGUCUUCCUCCUCAACGAGAGGGCAAACCGGAGCCAUGGCAAAGUGAAUGAAGAGCUGCCUCACCCUCCUCAUCCUCCCCGGUCACAGCGGGCGAAGGUGGGGAAUCUCACCCAGGACUCAUCCGGGAGAUGUCUGUACGACGUGAGCCCCGAGUUCUCCGUGGACACGGCGAGCAACGUGUGCUUCGAGGUGGAGGAUGUGGAGAGGUCAUUCAUCCACCUCCAGCGCCAGGGCUGCAGCUUCCUGGUGCCGCCCACCACGGUCCAGGACGACGCGGGUCCUGUCACCUACUCCGUGGUGAAGUCCGUGGUGGGGAACGUGUGCCACACGCUCAUUGACAGGACCAGGUACGAGGGAGCCUUCCUGCCUGGGUUCGAUGUCCACGAGAGGGACAGCGGCCUGGAGGACGAGGACACGUCCUGUCCAAUCACACACUUCGAUCACAUCACGUAUGCCUGUCCCAGGAAGACGACCCAUCAGGUCAUGAGGUGGUACGAGCAGCUCUUUGGUUUCAAAAGGUUUUUCAUAGACAGGGAAGAAGAUUUGGACGAAGGUUUUGUCAUAAACCAGGAGGGCAUCGGUCUGCGUCUCACCGCCAUGGAGUACUGGAAGUGCAGCAAAUCGGGCAUCGUUCUUCCCUCUGUGGAUAAAAAAGAACCAGACUGCAAGUUUGUCAUAGCCGAAUCGCUGCCCGAGCAAGGCAGGAACCAGGUCGACACCUUCUUGGAGCAGCACGGGGCCCCAGGGAUCCAGCACAUCGGGCUGUACACAGAAGACAUUGUUUCCACAGCGCGUGCGAUGGCUGGAGCUGGUGUGCAGUUUUUCUCCCCUCCUCCUGCCUACUACACCGAGGUGGGGAAACAGCAGGAAAUAGAGGAGGCAGGACACAAUCCCCAGAGGCUGGCACAAUAUGGCAUUCUGCUGGACACAGACCUGCACCAGGAUCCCUCAUCACUAAAAGCAUCAAGUGAAAACAGGAGAUACCUCCUCCAGGUGUUCACCAAGCCCAUCUUCGCAGAGGACACCUUCUUCCUCGAGCUGAUCGAGCGAAGAGGGGCGACGGGCUUCGGCGAGGGAAACAUCCGAGCGCUGUGGAGGUCGGUGCAGGCCUACAUGGCGACCGAGAGAGGGGAUUCUCAAGGAGAGGGAGCCCCGAAGACUGCUCACACCGUUCAGGCUUAGACACUGCAAAUGUUUUUUUAACUGAGGCUAUUUUAUUUCUAUGUGUUUUAUAUGUUAAUAUGAAAUCACGUGUUCAAAAGGAAUCAUGUAAAAUGUAAAAAGUGAAAUAUUUAAUGAGACUUUGUCUCUCAGUACGAAUUGUGUGCACUGCUUACAAAUAAGAAAUGCUAUUGGUCUAGUAUCUGUGGGGAACAUGCCUGAACAUAUUACUGAUAGUAUAGAGCAUUGUGAACAAACUGGUUCGAUGACUGAUACCCAUAACAUAAUGCACUUGAAACAUUUCAACAAAAAUGCACUUGGUGAAGCAGUAAAACAAUGUCUUUGUUUUCACUGUCAAAGUCAAGCAACUGACGACUCCUGAGCAACUGUUCCUCAGUAAAUCUGUAACUCACA